UUCAUCAUUGCCUACGGUGUCACCAUGCUGACAAUUGGUUUCUUCUUGAUGGUGGUCGACAUAUCCGUUGGAUAGUAUCUGAGUCUGGGGCCCACAAAUGCCUAUGCUUCAAUGGCGUCUUUAUUCUCUGGUCUAGGCUGGGCAAUGGUGGCAUCAUCCGGUCUAAUAAGCAUUUAUUAUGCUGUCGUUUUGAGCUGGACCAUCACCUAUCUUCAACACUCCAUCAGGGAAUGCUUUACUUUCGCCACUAAUUGCACCGCUUCCAGACCUGGCUUAACAGCAGCUUACUACAAAAAUGCAACGGAGUUUUUCAGAAAAGAAGUGGUUUACUUGAAAGACGACAAGAACUUCGAGAUCCACCCUCAAUUAGUUCUGAGUCUAAGUCUAACCUAGCUGCUUGUCACGAUGAUCCUUGUCCGUGGCAUUAGGAGUUCAAGCAAAGUCAUGUACUUCACCAAUUUGUUUCCGAUUGCUGUGUUGUUACUACUUUUGGCUUAUAGUUCCGUGAAGUAUGGCUUGAGUGUAUGGUACGCAAGCUCCAAUUUAUAUUUCUCCCCAACUCAGGAGAAGGCCUCCGAGCUGCCGUCGUGGGAAAUAUGGGCUGAUGCUGCUUCUCAAGUUUUGUUUACCUUGGGUCACAUGUUUGGAGGCAUCAUAACCCUAGCUUCUUACAAUGACUUGCGACAAAAUACCCUUCGGACUGCACUGUACAUCGUCUUGUGGGACACUGCAUUGUCCUUCCUCUUUGGGUGUUUGGUCUUCAUCUCCCUGAGUAAGUUGACCACUGUAUCGAAUGUAGGCAUUGAUGUUCUGUUGAAUACCACUCACACUGACUCGGUGGAAGUCGUCUUCACAGCGUACCCAGCUUUCUUGGCCGAAGUGGACUCCCCUAUUUGGUUUGUGCUCUUCUUCCUGAUGAUCUUUACACUGGGCAUCGAUAGUCUGAUAGGACUCGUGGAAACUGUCACAACGGCCCUCUUUGACAACUUCACCCGUCUAAGGAAUCGCUACUUCCCAAAUGUCUGCGCAGUCAUUUACGUGAUGUUUAUCCUUGGACUCCCGAUGUGUACAAGCACCGGGUUCGAACUCGUAGAGUUUAUGCACUCACACACGUGCAACCUGACCCUUCCUCUUCUUGGGAUUUCACACACCGUCCUCUUCUGCUAUGUAUUUGGAUUUGAUGAUCUGAUGACAAUCAUAAGACAGGAGUUGAGAGUCACAAUUCCUAAAUCUAUUGAAUGGUACCUGAGGUUGGCACUGAAGUAUAUCUCCCCUGUGGCAUUUUUUGGCCUUGUCAUAUAUGCAGCAACAAAAACUAAAUUUCUUACCCUGGGGGGCCGAAAACUACAUGGCAUGUACACCCCCCUAGGGUGGAUCCUGUCCAUCUCCCCAUUUCUCCUGGUGCCGGCCUUUGCCAUUUACAAGUACAUCCAGUUGAAAGAUAAGGACUGGCGUUUGCUUCUGAGACCGACUCAAGAUUUCCUUCCAGCGUACUUGAGGGAGCAUUCUAACAGGCCAGACAUGUAUAUAUUAGCAGACUAUUGAAAGCACCUUGCCUAUUGUCAGCAACAAUUCUACAAGGAUUUGAGAGGCAAGCAGGGAAGUUCUGAUGCAAAUGUAUCGUCAACAUAGACCUAGAAAUUCUCAUCUUGUUAUCACUACUCAAAGUGAUAAUGACUGAACCAAGAUCCAAGGAGUCACUCUGAACACUUUGGACGAGACACAUUUUCAUAGAAACUCAAAACACUUCUUCAAGCACACUAUUUAGCAUAGAGAAUCCUGUUGGACAAACUUGUUUUCACCUUGAAUAAAUGUGUCAUUUCAUAAUUUUUUUUUAUCAAAAC